AAACCUCAAAGGCAUGUGAUAUCCAUUCACUAUCCCUCGACACCCGCAUGCCUCGAAUACCCGCUGUUACUCCAAGGACAAGCUUUCUUGAAAAGUUGGGUCCCAUCUGGUCAGCAGGAGGUGUGUAUAAAACUCAUCGCCGUUGCCGUUCCGCCCCAAAACAAGUGCUGGACGUCUCAGUGAUUGAGGAAAGAUGCUCAUGCAAGCAAGAGUUUGGUUAAUGCUGUUGCUGUGUUCGACUGGGUCGUACGGUGCCACAGUGGGACACACGGAGCAGGGCGACAUUCAGGCCACAUCAGGAGGCAAAGGAGAUGAGGCUGAAGUCGGAGAUGUCGCUGUAAAGCCGAUUGGCCCACCUGCCCAUUCAGCACAUGCUACUGAAGAGAUAGCUUGUAAUGAUGACCAGCCAGCUCACACUCAUGCCGUGGAUGAUUUCGUGUCAGCCCUGAAUCAUGUCGGUGAAGCGGGAAGCCCGGAUUUCGAACGUUUCGGACUGUGUUCUCAACACGACGCAGUACCAAAUUUCCAAUAUCUAACCGAGAGUGUACAUCGACAACAAAAAGGCCUCAAGGGUGUACAGGCUACAGAAGUAGAUAUCUGGGAGGUUGACAAGGAAGGUGAGAUCAUCUUGACCCUCAAAUUCCCAAGGUAUAUCCGACCCACCAGCCCCGCCUCCAUGAUGCUCCUGUUUAAUGUGGAAUCCAAGGCAGAUGGCUUGACUAUUAAGUUUGACGGUCAUUUUCUUCACCCAGUUACACAGACGGUUUGCAUUUCGAAGAGCACACGUUUUUUCGUCCUUACUGGAGGCCAAAGGAAGUCCCAUAUGCAUACUCACUUGAAACUGAGACUGAAAGUUGAACCAUUGAAAGCUGAUGGGCAGAAACCCAGUUUGUCUGAGCUUCAGAAAGUCUUGAUGAGGACGGUGGAAGACAGCAACGCCACAAUGAGGCCACUGAUGCUUUUUGUUCUUGAAGGAUCAGCUAAUUUAAAAUAUCAUGGAAUUCCCGUGGAUCAACAACCUUCCAGCUCUCUUCCACCAUCCAAAACUUUUCUUUUCCUGUGUGAGCUGCAGAAGUUCUUGAUGGACGUCCUUCCCCAAAAGGAGCCACCGGAAUCUCAGGAAGAGGAGAGCGGAGUCUCUUUGGACACACUUCACUCCCUGCCACCUUUGACGCUUGGAGGGUCGUCCUCGCAGUCUCUUCUUUCAGGCCUGAUGAAUUCCUCCACUCCAAUCGUAUUUGUCUUCCCACAGCACCAGCAAAUACUGCAGACCCACCGCGUGGAGCUGAACCUGGAGCCUCCUUUGCUUUCUGUGCUCAGACUGAGAUUGGACGAAGCCAUGGCUCAGGUGAAAAAGGAGGAAGCGGGACAAAAGAUGAUUGACAGGCUGCAGAGAUUAAGUGAAAUGAGUGCUCUUCCUUCAGAGGGAAAGGAUGGUGAAGCAAUAACUACAGAGCAUAAAGAAGCCCAGUACAGGUCCGUUCUGCUGCUGAAAGCGCUGCAGACAGUACUCGGCAUCUGGGAAGUGGAAAGGGCACAGAGGGCAGCCAGAGCGAAUGAGGACGGCUCGACGGGCCCCAAACAGUGCAGAAUACAGUCCAUGAUCGUGUCCUUGAGGAAAUACUUCCUCGAACCUUCCACGGCCAAGAUCAAUAACUGCGAAGGGUCCUGCACUUUCCCUAUAAGCACGAGCAGCAACAACCACGUCAUCCUCCUGAUCAGCCACAUCCAGGACGGCCAUCCCGUGGAACGCUCUCCGUGUUGCGUGCCGGUGGAAUAUGAUGACCUGUGUGUGUUUCAGCUGGAGAGCCAAGGCACCGUUUUGUCCUGCAAGACCAAUGUGGUAGCGACCAGGUGCGAGUGUCGCUGACAGCCCUUUUGUGUAUUCAUAUAGUGCACCAUACGGAUGAAAGUUCACAAAUCUGCAUAAUCUGUUUUUAUUUUUGCCUGUAAAUGCAUAACUGAAUCCAAAAUAGAUCCAAAUAGGCUACAACACUGAUACUUGUGCAGGAAAGCAACAUAAGCUAUCUGCAUUUGAAUGAAGUCAUUUUAGAGAAAAUUAACAUAGACAAUACUUUUUUAGAUCAAGAAAUAAUCAGCUAGAUUUGCUUUUGACGUGUAUCUGCAUUAAGCUUCUGGAAUUUUGUGUUUGAAUAAAGUAUAUAUAAAACAUA